CAUUGCUUUGAGCAGCCGCGGGGUUCUGGAUCUUUCUAUUAUCGUUCCAAGCUCAGGAAGGAAGGCUUGGUGCUGGCUGUCGUCGCUUGGGCAUAGCAGGGCCUGGUAGAACCGGGCAGUCCAGGUUGCACUCCUGGAGGGAUCCCCGGCUUUAAGGAGUGGGACAUGUUCUCAGGCAGGCCAUGACAAGGCACUGGAGAGAGGAGACCUGUGAGGGAUCUUUGAAGAGGCUCCAGUGAGAUGACACCCCAUGAUGAGGCAGCUCCAGUGAGGGGAGAUCCUGUGAUGAGGUAUCCCAGUGAGAGGAGUGAAGGGGACCCCAGCAAGUGAAACCGACAAGAGGACUCCAGUGAGAGGAGACGCAAUAUGGUGCCGUACUGAGAGAGCUCUACCGAGCCCCGAGGCUGCCCUGGUUGAGGGGAGGCAUGUGAAUGCAGACCCGUGGAACGCCUCUCAUGAGAAGGCUGCAUUAAAGAUUUUGGCCAUUCCUCCGAGCUGGCGUUUGUUGUGGAGCCUAGCGAUGACAUAGCUGUGCAGGAGCAACCUUUGAUCCUCUACUGCCAGGUGGAGGGCAUCCAGCCCAUCACCAUCACGUGGCGGAAGAAUGGAGUGACGCUCAUGGACAGCGAGAACGCCUUUAUGUUGGCCAACGGCUCGCUCUACGUCUCCCGCUUCCAGAGGCUGCGGGCAGACGGCUCCUCAGACGAAGGCGAGUACGACUGCGUGGCGCAGAACCACUACGGGCUGGUCGUGAGCCGCAAGGCCAAGAUUCAGGCAGCGACGAUGUCUGACUUCCACAUCCACCCUCAGAAUGCAGUGGUGGAGGAAGGUGGCGUGGCAAGAUUCCAGUGCCAGAUCCAUGGCUUGCCUGAGCCAGUCAUCCUCUGGCAAAAGAACAGCAUGCCAGUCAAUACAGACAACGAAAGGUACACACUGCUUCCAAAGGGAGUCCUGCAGAUCACGGGACUGAGGGCAGAAGACAGUGGGAUUUUUCACUGCGUUGCCACCAAUAUUGCUAACGUGAAGUUCAGCCGGGAGGCCAGACUCACCGUGUCAGGCUCCCACUCCACCGUUUACAAGGACCCCAUGAUUCUCGUCGGUCCAGAGAACCUCACGCUCACCGUGCACCAGACAGCUGUGCUGGAGUGCAUUGCAACAGGCAACCCCCGGCCCAUCGUCUCCUGGAGCCGCCUAGAUGGUCGCCCCAUUGGUGUGGAGGGGAUCCAGGUGCUGGGGACAGGAAAUCUGAUGAUCUCAGACCUCACCGUGCAGCAUUCUGGCAUCUACGUGUGCGCCGCCAACAAGCCUGGAACUCGCGUGCGAAGAACUGCGCAGGGCAGGCUCGUUGUGCAAGCCCCUGCAGAGUUUGUGCAGCAUCCCCAGUCCAUUUCCAGGCCUGUGGGGACUACUGCUAUCUUCACUUGUGUGGCUCAAGGGGAACCACCCCCACAGAUCACCUGGCUGAGGAAUGGGCAGAUCUUGGAAACCAGCGACCACAUUAAGCUGAAGAAUAACAACAGCACUCUAUCCAUCUAUGGGAUCAACCAGACAGAUGAAGCCAUCUACCAGUGCAUCGCCGAGAAUAGCGCCGGCUCCACGCAAGCCAGCGCUCGCCUGACUGUCCUGUGGGCAGAUGGGCUGCCAGGUCCCCCGCAGAGCGUGAAGGCUGAGACAGUCUCUGCCACCACCAUCCAAGUGUCUUGGAGAGAGCCUCUGCAGAACACCAAGGAGAUCAUCGGCUACGUGCUGCACAUUCGGAAGGCUGCAGAUCCUGUAGAGAUGGAGUAUCAGGAGGCAGUCAGCAAGAGCACCUUCCAGCAGCUAGUGACUGAUUUAGAGCCCUCGACCAGCUAUAGCUUCUAUAUAAAGGCUUACACCUCCCGGGGUGCCAGCAAAGCCUCAGAAGUCACAGUGGUGAGCACGCUGGGAGAAGUCCCAGCCAUGCCAUCCCUCUUUAUUAAAGUCAUUAACAGCACUGCCGUCCUGGCUACCUGGGAGCCCUCCAUCAAACUGGGCCAGCACGAAGGCUUCAAGCUGUACUACCGCAAGGUCCACCUCUCCCAGUACACGGGUCCAGUGCUGCUGCCCAGCAACGUCACAGCAUACAACAUUACCCACCUAGACGCGUCGGUGGUGUAUGAAGUCAAGCUCCUGGCCUAUAACCAGCACGGGGAUGGAAAUUCAACUGUCCGCUUCGUGUCCUUGAGGGAAACUGUGGAGAGGACAGUGCUGAAUCCUCCUUGCGACUGCAUGAAGGACGAGCAGAACAAUAAAACCUCUGCCACUGGCAUCAUCAUUGGGAUCCACAUCGGCGUCACCUGCAUCAUAUUCUGUGUCCUUUUCCUCAUGUUUGGGUACAGAGGCAGGCUGCUGAUGUGCAAAAACGUGCAGGAGCAGCUGUCAACCCCACAGAUCCCCAGGAACCAGCGGAGCUCCGCUGGCCUCGUCCUGAACGGAGCCACUCGCAGGGACAGGGACGACCGGAACCUGAACGGAAAGCAGCUGGAUAUGAAUGAGCUGGAGAGGUUAUUCCCAGCAUCCCCAUCGCAGGAACAGCAGGAGAAGGGAAUAACGUCAGCUCACAGCUCGACAGCCACCCACAACGAUACUCAGCUCACCACACUCCCUCUGGAUGAGUUCAGCUUCAUGGAGGAGCAGCCAGGCCCCCUCCCGAAAAGCCCCUGCAGUGGCAGCCCAACUGCUCCAGCUCCCAACCAAGGUCCCACCAAUGAAGGAUAAAACUGCCAAGACUCGAAGCCUCUUGUAGGAGUUACCAGAAACCAAACCCACGGCUGGUGACGUCUUUACGAGGAGUCGUCAAUCUCAGGUCAAUUGAAGAUUUCUAAGGUCUGAUUGUUAUUUUUUUGUUUUGCUUUAUUUUUUUAUAUAUAUAUAAAAUAUAUAUAUAUAUAUAUAUAUAUAGAUGUACACAGGCUUUUGGAAACUCUUGUGAAGUUUUAUCUUUCUGACCUCUCUUGGGCCUCUUCCAACGAUGGUUUUAUGGAGACUGGUCACGAUGGAUUUUCCCCUGCGGCUGCUAAGCGAAAGACUCCUUGGCAGAGUUUGGCAAACUCUGCUGCCUCUGACAAACUGGGGACGGGGUUGAGCCUCCUUCUCUUGCGCAUCCCAGACUUGGUCGUUUGUUGUUUUUUUUUUUCUCCCCUGAUCAGCAGCUUUAGGACUACUUUUGGGAUCUAUGUUUUAUUUCCAGAAGAGUGGAUUUGGAGAAAUCCUUUCUCACUUGACUCCAGAAGUGGCAGCCUGGGAAAGGGGCGCGUCUCCCUGGAUUCCAUGAGUCUGUACACUUUCGCUAUUUCUCAGGAUACCUUUUUUUGCUGAUUGACUAAAAAAUAUCCAAAAAAAAAAAAAAAGAAAAAAAAAAGGAAAAAAAGAGAAGAAAAGAGGAAAAAAAAAAAAGGUGUGUGUGUGUAUGUCAAAAGGAUGCCUGCCUGAGGGCUACUGAAAGACUUGGACAGACAACUCGAGUGAACUCAGAACCUACCUCAACCGGAAUGAAUGUCUUCUGGGAAGCAGAAAUACCUGCGUCUUCCUUCGACUUCAGAACACAAGUAGCAUAGCACUUGGUCAGUACAAGCUUGGUCCUACCUCAGCAGUCACGCUCUGUACCUGCCACCUUGGUGGCUUUGUUGUCGUCGUUCCCAUGUAAAGCACUUCCAAACCUUUGAAAGCAAUGUUCUACCUCAAGCGUGAUAGAA